CCGAAGUCGGGGGAGGGAGGAGGAGGGUGAGAUGAGUAGACGGAGCAGUGCAGACCACCGUUGAGCGAGAGAAAGAGAGAGGGCGAUGGAGGGAUUCGGAGCGAAAAGAUAGGUUGCAAGGAGAGCUUGUUGAAGCUGCUGAUGCUGCGGCACCGAGUCCCAAGUCUCCCCCGCAGCCCCCCUACUUGUGCGCCAGUUUCGAUGACCUGCGGUAUCGCGCGGGCCCACUUUUUGUCGGUUCGGGCAGACCUCCGAUAAUUCUGUGAUAGGAUAAUAUGACGACGUAAUCGAAAACAGUGUGCUUCCCGUCAGAGACUCGGGAUUAAGGUGUUGUUGCUUGGAGUUCUCGCGAGUGAGCAGGCGGGUUUUUUCCUGUCAUUGCCAACCGUGUGUGUCCGCGUUUGCUAUGGUCGGACACAUUUGUGCUGCAUCCGAGGAAGGGAGGGGUUCUUUUGAUGUGGUGGGUGUGAUGUGAUGUGGUGAGGGCUUUGAUGAUCAUAACCCCGCCCGCACUUCAAAAUUCUUUGCAUUCCGGAUAUUUUGGGUGAUCGCCCGUCUCGGUGAUUGUGCACUCAGCGUGGUCUGUUUCCCUCCCUCGCUCAAGCCCGACCCCUUAGUCCCACAGCCCCUUUUCCUUGUACUUGUUUCUCCAAAUUGUAGAGUCUGGAAGGUGCAUAGCACUCUGCAGGUCGUGGUUUUUUGACUUGUUGUAUGAAAUCUUUGGUCCUUCGCCAAACGAGCGCUGCAGGGGGUGAGACUGCUUGUCAUAUGGUGCAGCAUUGUGUUUCGGGUUUACAUUGUGGGUUUGUCUGCGCGUCUGUUGACGCAGCUCGGUUGACUUGCUUACUGGAACCUGUAAACUUCGGUAGGGUUUGGUUUCCGCCGGGUGGGGGCAAAGAAACCGAGGUGCCAUGGCGACGGCUCUCAUGAGAGAGACUUUCUUUGGAAUCCAUGGGCCUGCAUGGACGGGCCUGCAUGGGAUGGAGCAUCCGCCUUAUUUUGUCGAAGCUCAUUACAUGGGCUUCCGCGAAAUGGAGCCUACUUAUUCCGUGUACGGGGAGCCCCACUUCAGCCCUUAUGAUUCGUCGUCAUUCCCUGUGGGGAUAUCCGGAAGUCCAAGUUUUGUGCAUGUUGGCGAACCAAUGUAUUACGAGACACUUGGUCAUCUAGGCUCUCUUCGGCCGCCCUAUUCGAUUCCCAUGCAUGGUUAUCCCAAAGAAGCAUCUUAUGAAGAUGUGCCCCAACAUGGUCCGACUCGGUCGUCGAGUUCUGUUCCUUCUUACAGUGCUGCUCGGUCAGAAGCGCGCGAACCUCGUCCUAAGCAACAGAAAGUGGCGCCAGAAAUUGAGCUGAAGGUGCCGAUGUGCUGUAGUAAAUGUGAAGGGAAAAUGAGGGAGAUCUUACGGAAAUUAGAGGGCGUGACGGACGUGGUUGCGGAUAGGCAUUCCUCGAAGGUGACUGUGAUUGGCAAGGUGGAUCCCGAAGUAGUUUUGAAGAAAGCGCAGAAGCAAAAGAAAAAGGCUGAUUUCUGGACGAAGGAUAUCUACAGCAAAGCGUUUAUCGACUUUAUACAAUCGAAGACUGGUAGAGCUGAGCCCGAGGAGGAAAUAACUUCUUCCUACCAUCAGCAUCUGUCUAUGGAUGAAUGUGAAAGUCAUCAUGCAUAUGAAGAAAGUGAGAGUUUAUCGUCUUUCGAAGAAUAUCCAGGGUUUUACCCAGAAAGGGAUGCUCAUGCCCCAUAUGAUGGGGAUGCUCAAUACGGAGAUAAUGAAUUCAGCGACAGGAACAGAGGAUAUUACCAUGCGUACAGUUACGGUAAGAGGAACGAUCAGCCGACGUACGGAAGGCCUUCUCAUGAAUAUAUGCAAGAAUCUUACGCAAGCAGGGACGACAGGUCUCCAUACGAGGGGUAUGGCGUUGAACAUUACGAUCGUUUCGAACCAGCUUAUGGAGCUGAGGAUCGACUGCCGUACUAUGAACGGGAGAGCAGAUCGGCGUAUGAGGAUUAUAGAUCGCCAUAUUAUUCAGAAUCCAGCUCCUACAGACCGAGCCAGUCUUAUGGUCCAAGCGAGGGAUAUAUUCCAUCCGAAAUCUCGAAUCCAGGUUACAUGAAACGCGUGAUCUACUGAAACGAGUACUGGAGGCUUACAUUGGGUUUUACAUUGUAUUGAAGGUUUUCACGGCAGAUCACACUCAUCUGAACUGCGGAGUGCGAGAGAACCUUGUCUGUCGAGACCGAGAAACUCCGAGAGAAUACGUCAAGGUUCUCCGGAAAGUGUACAAAAAAUAGGCUUACCCUAACACGAUGACAUGAGUAGUGCUCCGAAGUUUUGAACGCAUGUUGAACGGAUGUGCUGAUUGGAGCAUAUUAGAAUUACAAUUUUUGAUAGUAACGCUGACCUGAUAGUGUAGUGUCACAUGAUGGUGAUGUGUGAAGCCUGUCAUUGACUUGCAACAUAAUGGGAAUGAGACAGGGCAUCCUUGGUUGGGAGGAUGUUUAAGGUUCUUGUAGUUGCAGAAGAAUGGUGGAGCGAUCACCUGCAUACCAAUGUGAUAGGCCGUCUUUUCAAGCAAUUUGUACAACAGGAACUUCACACUC